CCCGUCUCCGCGCCAGGCGGCUCGCGAUCCGAGGCCCCUGCGGCGGUCGACGCCGCGGCGGCCGCGUCGGCGGCCAGCGGGGCGGCGGGUGGAGAGUGGAGGAGGGAUGCUGUCGCUCGUCACUUCCGUAGCGAAGAACUGCAGCGGGUCCAGCAGCAGCUGCAAGGCGGACAGCACCAGCAGCGACGUCAGCCUCCCCUCCGCCUGGCCCUUCGUCGCCUCGGCGCGCCCGAGCUGGGGUCGCCAGGACCUCGGGGCCGUGCGGGAGCAGCGGCUCGCCGGCGAGAGCUCCGACGAGGACGCCGGACCGGGGCCGGCGGGGCAGCGAGGCCCCGCCAGGGGCCGGAGGGCGGCCGGCCUGGCGCCUGGCCGCGAGGCAGUGGCACCCGCAGCAGGCAGCGGCAGGCGGCAGGCGGCGCCGGCGCGGCAGAGCGGGCCCAGGCCCGGCAGGCGCUCAGCGGCAGCAGCGCCCAGGCGGCCCAGACCCAGGCCCAGCGACCGGGUGGACCCCCGCAGCAUCAGCUGUGCUGCAAAAGGGCGCCGUAUCGCCGACUUGGCAUCGCUCGGACGUGGGCUGUUCCUAUAGCCCUCGUGCCCCCAGGCGCUUCUGGGGCCGAAAGGGGGCUUCGUUCCUUGCUUAGCGUUCCUUCUGGUAGCACCUCGACUGCACGAUGGGCUACCAGGAUGCUGCCGACACGAUCCGUGCAACUCGGCCUUGCCGUAUUAUGUUGCCGCACCCCUCUGGUCCCCCCCCCGCUCUCUCUCUCUCUCUCUCUCAGUCGCGCUCUCUCUCUCUCUCUC